CCGCGCUCCCUGCCCGAGCCACGGCCGCGAGUGAGCCUUUCCCUCGCCCCAAGCAGCCGCCAGCCGCCGGGCGGCUCCUCCGGCCCCGGCCCGGCCCCGGCCCCGGCCCCACGGCGCGGCGCGGAGCUGUCUAUCCCCGGCGGGUGCUGAACCGCCCGGCGCGGGAGCGGGUACCGGAGCCCUCCCGGCCUCGCCCCGGCGCCCGGAGGCGAGGUAGGCGGCGAAGGGCGCCGCGGGGGAUGGGGGGAGCCGGCGGCGGCGACCCCGCGCCGCCCGCCUGAGUCCGCCCGCGCCCCGCACACAAAGCCGCGCCGCGGCCAUGGAAGAGGAGCUGAAGUGCCCGGUGUGCGGCUCGCUCUUCCGGGAGCCCAUCAUCCUGCCCUGCUCGCACAAUGUCUGCCUGCCCUGCGCCCGCACCAUCGCCGUGCAGACCCCGGAGAGCGAGCAGCACCUGCCGCCCCUGCUCCACCCGCGGGGCACCGCGCCGCCCGCCGCCGCCGCGCCGGGACCGGGAGCGGCCGCGGGCUCCGCCGCCUGCCUGGACUCGGAGUGCGCGGCGGGCGGCGGCGGGGACCACGCGGACAAGCUGAGCCUGCACAGCGAGACCGACAGCGGCUACGGCUCCUACACCCCCAGCCUGAAGUCCCCCAACGGCGUGCGGGUGCUACCGCUGGUGCCGGCGCCCCCGGGAGCAGCGGCGGCGGCGGCGGCUCCGCGGGGCGCCGGCCCCACCAGCUCCUCCCUCACCUGCCCGCAGUGCCACCGGAGCGCCUCCCUGGACCAGCGCGGCCUCCGCGGCUUCCAGCGCAACCGGCUGCUGGAGGCCAUCGUGCAGCGCUACCAGCAGGGCCGCGCCGCCGCCGCCGCCAAGUGCCAGCUCUGCGACCGCAGCCCGCCCGAACCGGCCGCCGUGCUGUGCGAGCAGUGCGAGGUGCUGUACUGCGCCGCCUGCCAGCUCCGCUGCCACCCGGCCCGCGGGCCCUUCGCCAAGCACCGCCUGGUGCCGCCGCCCGGACCCCCGGGCGCCCCCGGCGGCGGCGGCGACGGCGGCGGGAAGGGGGCGGGCGGCGGCCGCAAGCUGCCGACGUGCGCCGAGCACGACCUGGAGAACUACAGCAUGUACUGCGUGAGCUGCCGCAGCCCCGUCUGCUACCAGUGCCUGGAGGAGGGCAAGCACGGCAAGCACGACGUGAAGGCCCUGGGCGCCAUGUGGAAGCAGCACAAGGCACAGCUGUCUCAGGCUUUAAAUGGUGUUUCAGAUAAAGCAAAGGAAGCUAAAGAAUUUCUGGUUCAGCUGAAAAAUUUAUUGCAGCAGAUCCAGGAGAACGGGUUGGAUUAUGAAGCCUGUCUUGUCGCUCAGUGCGAUGCCUUGGUUGAUGCGUUAACACGACAAAAGGCAAAACUGCUCACAAAGGUGACCAAAGAACGUGAGCACAAGCUGAAGGUUGUUUGGGACCAGAUAAAUCACUGUACACUGAAGCUACGCCAGUCAACGGGACUUAUGGAGUACUGCCUAGAAGUUAUCAAAGAAAAUGAUCCCUCUGGGUUUUUACAGAUUUCGGAUGCUUUAAUCAAGCGCGUUCAGGUAUCUCAGGAACAGUGGGUCAAAGGAGCCUUGGAGCCAAAAGUGUCUGCUGAGUUUGACUUGACUCUGGAUAGCGAACCUUUACUGCAGUCGAUUCACCAGCUGGAUUUUAUUCAGAUGAAAUGUAGGGUUUCUGUUACAGUGCCACCCGUCCCCUUGCUGCAGCUGGAGAAGUGUUGCACCAGAAACAACAGUGUGACAUUGGCCUGGAGGAUGCCACCUUUGAGCCACAACCCGGUGGAGGGUUAUAUCUUGGAACUUGAUGAUGGAGAUGGUGGCCAGUUCCGAGAAGUAUAUGUUGGCAAGGAGACUCUCUGCACCAUCGAUGGCCUUCAUUUCAACAGUACCUAUAAUGCAAGAGUCAAAGCUUUCAAUUCAUCAGGAGUUGGUCCUUACAGCAAGACAGUUAUUUUACAGACAUCGGAUGUGGCGUGGUUCACCUUCGACCCCUCCUCAGCUCACAGAGACAUAGUCCUGUCAAAUGACAACCAGACUGCCACCUGCAACAGUUAUGAUGACCGGGUUGUUCUUGGUACAGCAGCCUUCUCCAAGGGCGUGCAUUACUGGGAACUGCAUGUGGACCGGUAUGACAACCACCCGGAUCCAGCCUUUGGCAUUGCCAGGAUUAACGUCGUCAAGGACAUGAUGCUAGGCAAGGACGACAAGGCAUGGGCCAUGUACGUUGACAACAACCGGAGCUGGUUCAUGCAUUGCAAUUCUCACACCAAUCGGACUGAAGGAGGAGUUUCUAAAGGUGCCACCGUUGGUGUUCUCCUGGAUCUGAACAAGCACAACCUGACCUUUUACAUAAAUGGGCAGCAGCAAGGGCCUCCAGCAUUUGAAAACGUCGAGGGUGUCUUCAUGCCUGCCUUGAGCCUCAAUCGAAAUGUCCAGGUGACCCUGCACACGGGACUGGAGGUGCCACAAUGUGUAAAACAGCCCAAGUUGCCCAACAACUAAGGAAGCCCUUGCCUACCCCUGUGCUGGAUUCUGUAAGCUUUCUCGGUGUGAUUUGGCACUUCUCAGUAAGUCAGUAAAAAAACCAUUCUCUUCCCUGACUUAAGGCAUUGUACAGCAUGUUGCUCACCGAGUAACUCACUGGUUACAGCUACCCCCCUUCACUUUUAAUUUAACAGCCAUAGCAGGCAUACCCACUGAACUGGCACUCGAUUGCAGAUGGGUACCCGAACAUAUCUACACUGCAUUGCGUAAGUCUGUACACACACGUGCGCGCACACACACACACGUAUAUUUAUAAAGCGAAAGGUUAGAUGAGUGUAUUUUCUCUCUCAUGGCUGGAUUUGUGCUUAAAGGAAAUUAGGGAUGCAGGAAAAAAAUGGGUAAGACUAAGACUGGGGAACAACAGCUGUUGGAACAAUUCACCAGAAGGUGAACCGGAUUCCCUUGCCACCUGAAGUCCUUAAAUCGAGACAGCAUAUGUUUUGACAGCUGAAGUGGAGGCUGUGUGUUCAGUUAAAAUAUUCCUGGUUGGCCAUUACAUUUAGGGGCUCAAAAUGACCAUUAAUUAUUCCUUCUGGCUCUAGACUGCAGUAAGCUAUGGGAUAACAUUCCCCUAGAAUUCAGUGGCAGAACUUAUCUUGUUAUCUUCAACAAGAAUUAGAUUGGUUUCCAAACACUGCCAUGCAAUAAUUGUGUUCAUUUUAGCUAGCACCAUGAUAAAUGCAGAACUCAGAUAUGAAAAGAAGAGAGAAAAAUAUCCUCAAUACAUUUUAGUGUUUCUUAUUUAGGUGUGAUCAUGGAGGCCAUCACAUACAGAUGUGAUUGCAAUUAUCAGCACAACUCUUGAAAAACAGUGCAAGGGAGAUCCCUUUGAAUUGAAUUGAUAAGAGAUUUAUUUAAAUAUGGCACAUGCAAAGAGUCCCAUGUAGAGAAAUGCUGCUUUCCAGCCUUGAUCCUGAUAAGUCCUGGGCAGCUGAAAUUCCAAUGUAACUUUGAGAUCAGAAGCCUUAAUUUUCUAUUAGGUUAGUGUGAGCUAACUAAUGUCUUGAUCCUAAUGAAGCACUCGAGCGAGAGAGAUUCACAUAGCAUUCAUGUGAAAGCCAUCCCUAAGAAUUUUUCUGGAUUGGGACAUAAAUCUUUUGUGAGACCUAUCUGUGUCUUGCACCUCCCAUGAAAACAGGCAGCCGUUUCAGGUCCUGUCCAUGACAACUGGCGCCUGACUGACGGGGGGCUUCCCCCAGCCGCGGCGCUGUCACCUGCGUGCUGUUGUCAGAAAACACAUUGAUUCGUGCGUGUGCUGCUUUUCCUCUGAACCCAGCUAACGUAUGCAAGCGUGUGUGUGUAUAGCAGCAAUGCGUAAGAACAAGAUGCAGCAGACUGCGUGAGCCCGUCACAUCUCGGACUCUGUCACUCUAAUCCUAUGCAAGUGCAGUGCUAUCAGACAAGAAAAGCAUAAACUCUUACAUCCCGUCCAUGUACUGUUUCCUUUUUUUGAAUCCUGCUGCUUACACACAUUUUCCUCUCCAAGCAUACGUAUACGCACACGCAUAUAUACAUACCCGACAUGUAAUUAUUAAACCCAAAAGCAAAUACUCUAACCAAAACCCAGCUUACUGCCUUGCAUUAAACCACAGCCACAGGACAAACAGCCCAGGCCUGCCUUCGGGCAGCCUGCCGGCCCCCAAGCAUCCUGCUGCAGGUCCCCUUCUGCUCUCUGCCCGGAGCACAUCACUCAGGUAGUGCUGAGCGAUGGCAGGGCUUCCCUGUGAUCCUCCCUGGGCUCAUCCCACCUCGCAGCCGUUGUGGGGAGCGGGAGGCAGCCCAGAACGAAACAGUCCCGGGCUACUGCACAGACAAAAAGCACUCUGCCAUCACGCUGCCCGUAACCAACCAAGCAUCCUGUAGCCCACCUCUCCUGCAGAACAGCCGUGCACCUUCAGUGAUGUCAAGACUGAAAUAGGAAACAAAACCAACGACGGGAAAAAAUAACAUAAACUUUUAAGUGGGAAAACAACGGUACUUUCUGCAAAGUCUGAAAUGGAUUGUAUUAGUAAACGUGUAGACAUUGGAAUAACUGUGCUAUGCUCAUUUUGAUUUCUUAAAGAAUAGCAGAGACCAAGUGUGUUAUAGUUUUUCAUUAUGUUUAAUGCCAUAUGAACUCGUGCAGGAUUUUCUAAUUAGUGGGUCUGUUUUAACCUACCUCAGCUAGAAUGCUACCAGACCCCAAAUUUCCCCUCGAGUGUGCUCGUUGUAAAGUUGUCUUCUACAAACCUAACAGUUGUAAUCAUAGCUUUGGCUUUGAGUAUUGCCUGUCAGAGCAGUGUAUGGGAAUACUGUACAUAAGUUGCACAUAGUUUUUUAUAUUGGGAAACAUCCUGUGGUAAUUUUAAUACAGAAGGCACUCCAAUUUCACUUUUCCUAUUAAAAACAAAAGGGCAUUGUUUGUUUUGGGACUGAACCUUUGUCUUUACUCCCAACUUCUGUGAAAGAAACUCAAAUGAAUUUACAUCUUUCCAAUCUUCAACCAUUGCCAGAUGUUUAAAAUUAAUUCUGAAUGGGUUUUAGAAGGGUUUGCGGUACUCAGUUUUGGUUUUCAUAGUUGCUUUGGUUUUCAUAGUUGCUUUGGUAUGGGUUCCCGGUGUGUUAUACCUUGGGGAGAAGGCAUUGAGCGAUACAAGUUACUAAUUUCUAAUGGAAAUACGGACAGCAGGUAGCAACAUGCUUCAGAGCUGUAGAGAAGCUUGUUGUUAUCCUCUAACAUUCAUAAAAGUAGGAUACAGACUAGUUACCAUUACAGUCUCCUAAUAACCUAGCAGAAGUGCAAAUAAAUUAAAGGACUACAGUUAGAAGUAGGUAUCCUGCAUUAGUAAGACUAAUUUAGCCUAGGUCUAAAUCAAAACUAAGUGGGUGUAUAUGUUGAUUGUGCACAUGUUCAAGGACUUGGACUUGGCAUGGACCAUAGCAAUAAACCAAAUUAGCCCACUAGAGUGUGGUAGUUCGAUUAACAGAAAUAAUGCUUAAGUAGUUAGAAUUAUGCUAGGAAACUAAUUACUCCAUACGUGAAUAUUUAUGCAGAGCAUCCAGACAGCAGUAGCCACCUGAACGUAGGCAGAGCAGAAUUUUCCUUUUGCAGAACAGCAUCAGGUGGGGAGAAGUGGAGCACUUCCACCUCUCUGCUUGGGGCUGGAGGUAGUUUAUUUCUCUGGAGGUAACUCGCCCGAGGUCCAUCUCAUUAUAAACCUAGCAGUUCACAUGUUCUUCAUCUACAGCAUCUCUCAUGCAAGUUUUUGCUUCCUCCAAAUCCCUUCUUUUGGAAGGAGCCAGCCUUUAGUAGUUUAAUCCUCACAGAAACUGUGUUGCUGACUGCCCAGGGAGAACCCAGGGAGCUGAGGAGCAGCGUAAAUACCCAAGGGGACCACUUUGGAUGUCUCUUGCUUCCUUUUCAUUCCUUGGGGUAUUGGUGCAGCUCUCUGGGACUCCAAGCCCCUCCGGCACCCGGACCUGCACAGAGCUGCCUUUCACGGGACUCUGCUGCUCCUCGAGGCCAGGCCGUUCCUUGGAAGCAGGAGAGCAGAGCCUUUUGCACUGGGAUUAAUCUCAUCCAGGAUGGCGCAGAGUCCGCACAAGGUAGCUAUAAAUUGACUUAAUGUUUGGGGAAAAAACCCCAAACCAAGCCCUCCUCUAAUAAACAUAACAAAGCUUGACUUCUGCAUAUGCUGAUUUGAAACAUCUGCUGCACAGCUGCUAAAUAAAUACAGCAGGCAAACUUUGUCUUGCAGAGCAAAGAAGGACUCUUGAACCCAAACCUUAUCCUUUGUGAACCUUCUUCCUGGCUCUUUCCUCUCCAAAUUUCCCUGUUAAACUUAGUGGGACCAAACAGAAGCAGCGUGCCAUCAGGAGCGUUGUCAGACUUCCCGAGGCGUGCAGUACUACACAAUUUCCACUCCCUUCUUUUCUCUCAUCAACUCAAAAAGAGCUCACAAGAAGACCUCUUACUAAGACUUAGUAUCAAUAUGAGCACAGGUCUAGUUGACAAUCCCUUACUACUUCUGCUGUGGAAAGGUAUGCACUAUAAAAUAAGCGUCAGUGAGGGCAGUAGCAUACUGUGACGUGUCAUGAAUUUGGAAAGCAAUUUGGCUUCUAAAAACAUAGAAAAGACAGGCAAACAGCAUUGUAACCUCCCAUACUUGCCUAUACAGUUAAGAUGCAUGGAGGAAAAUAUAUUGGACUGAACAAAGUAAAUAAAAGACACACAAAAAAGCAUGAGUUCACAUAUAUCAGAGUUUAAGAGGAAAAGUAUUAAAUGUAAUUUAAUAUAUGAAUAAUGUUAAAUUGUGUUGUAAAUAACGCCAUGAUAUUGUAUUACUGUAGUUUGUUCUUGGCUGGUGAUAGAGCUCUGUCAUAGUGCUGUGUAAGGGUUUAUUUUUAUUUGGUUUUGGUUUUUGUUUUCUUUUUUUCCCCCAAGUGUAGUUAGUAAAGAUGGCAGAGAGCACCCAAUACUCUAGUUUCCGAGUUGUUCUAGAGCAAGAAGAAAUGUGAGAUGCAGAUUUUUUUUCUUUCUUUCUUACAUAAGAAUAUUUCUUGAACAAGGUGAAAGAGAGAUGAGAUCAAGGCUAAGCUGCCACUACCACCAUAUGAAAACCCUGUUUGCGACUGCCAACCACAAUUCAGAUUACCCGCUCCUGUGAGAAGGGAUGCAAAGUACCAACAACCUGGUAGCAGCAGCUUUCUGGUGCCAUCUAGUACAUCCUUAGCUCACAAACAGAAAGAUGAGGAAGGAGAGUUGUUAGACCUAAUCUCAGGCUUUACCAGCUUUGCAGCAUUCUGCUUAAACAGCAAAGUCAAGAAUUCAACUUUGAACCAGGCAAAGAUAACAUGAAAACCCCAAGCAUCUUGGCUAGAUCAACUUUGGAAGGGAGAUUACGGCUUCAGGUCCUUUAACAGGUUAUGGUAACAAAUCAACCACACCAUAAACGUAAAGGGCACUUGUCACUGAAAAUUACCAAACAAAGAUGGAGAGUCUUUUUUUUUUUUAAUAGAUUAUUUAGGGAAAAAAAAAAGUGAGCUGCUUGUAGUUUUUACUGACAACAUUUUUGACAAUUCCUCUGCCCAGCACUACUGAACGCUGCACACACAGAGAACCAUCUGGAGUGGCAGCCUGAAGCACAAAUCCAUCACAAAUAAGACGCACUUGGUCUUCUUACGUGCAGAAGCCCAUACGCAAGCCACAGAGACGAGAUGUGUGGGGCUCCUGCAUCUUUGCACAAUACAGGAGAUAGACGUGCGUUUUACUGACAGAGGCACUCGGCAGCACUUUCCCCUUCUGUUAAGCAACCUUUUGUUACAUUUGUUAUUGCAAACAGAUCCAAGCAGAAUUAAUUAAAAAAUUAUUUUUUAUGCUAAUUGGGUUUCUAACAUUUUCUUGUGAAGCAGUAGAUAGAAAUUUUCCUGGAUCCCAGUUGCAUUCCUUCAUCCUCCAUCUCCCUUAAAUGUUGUCAAUAAAAACACUAACCUUUCUAGGUAGCAUGGUAAGAAGACAUUAUGUGAUGAAUAUUAAAAAUAAAUGCAUGAGGUAAACCUGCUGUUAUUUCUGAUUGUUAUAUGAAGCAUGAAUAACAUUAAUUUAAAUGUUGGCAACCCAAAAAGUGCAAAGGAAUAAGAUAACAGUGUUCACUUCUGGUUAAAUGAAAGAUGAGAAGCUGUUUCUGUGUUUUCUUCUUAACCAGGACAUUUUUUUCUUUAUUGCCAUUUCCCAUAGCUUAUAUGAAUUUGGAGCUGGUGAAAUAUACAUCUCUGCUGUAUGUGUCUGUCACCAGAUCAAGAGGAAAAUACAAACUUUUUAUAAUUUUGUACCUGUAGCAAAUGUUUGUAUUUUUUGAAUUGGAAACAAACUGCUUUUUGUCUUUUGGUCCAACUAAAACUUUGUGCAUUAUUACUACUAUUACCCUUUUGGAAAACCUGACUUAUGAGUUUAUGCUGUUUUACAGUUUCUAAAUAAAUUCUUAAAA